CUAUAUAGUAUAACAUCUCAUUGAGGACCUCUUUACCCUGUAUCUUCUAUUUCUAUAAUAUGGAGCAAGAAAAAGAAAAGAGAAAGCAAAUUACAAGAGAAGAAAGUGAACAAGAGAAAUGGGUUCAUGAUGGCUCUGUUGAUUUCAAAGGCAGAGUUCCUCUUCGUGCUUCAACUGGUGUAUGGAAAGCUUCUCUCUUUGUCCUCAGUCUCAAUAUACUUUAUUUGGGCAGAGCAGAGUAAUCCUGUUUCCAUGUUUGGUGCAGCAAUUGAAUUUAGUGAAAGGGUAAGCUACUUUGGGAUAGCUGCUAAUCUUAUCUCAUACCUUACUAAGGUAAUUCAUGAAGAUCUCAAAACUGCUGCCAAGAAUGUAAACUAUUGGACAGGAACAACAACCUUGAUGCCUCUAAUAGGUGGAUUUGUAGCUGAUGCUUACACUGGUCGAUUUCCUUUGGUCCUAUUUUCUUCCCUUGUCUAUCUUAUGCAGGGACUAAGCCUAUUGACUAUGUCUCAAUACAUCCCAAAUUUAAAGGCAUGCAACAGAAAGAUAUGUCCUAAGCCUAAGAAACUUCAUGAAGUGGUAUUCUUCCUUGCCCUUUACUGUAUCUCCUUGGGUACUGGAGGACACAAACCAUGCUUGGAAAGCUUUGGAGCUGAUCAAUUUGAUGAAGAUCAUGUUUUAGAAAGGAAGAAAAAAAUGUCUUUCUUCAAUUGGUGGAAUGUUGCACUAUGUUUUGCAUUGUUGUUUGGUGCAACAGUGAUUGUUUAUGUUCAAGACUUUGUUAGUUGGGGAGCUGCUAGUCUUAUUCUAACAAUUCUUAUGGCUCUAAGCAUCAUAGCUUUCUAUGUAGGGAACCCUUUUUAUAGGUAUAGAAGGGCUCAAGGAAAUCCUCUAAAACCAAUUUUACAGGUUUUAGUUGCAGCCAUAAGGAAAAGGAAUUUAUCUUGUCCUUCAAAUCCUGAUUUAUUGUAUGAAGUUACAAAAGAUAAGUUUCAAGGAAGGCUUUUAUGCAAUACUAGUAGGCUAAGAUUUCUUGACAAGGCUUCAAUAAUAGAAGACACACAUGUUGAUCAAAAAGAAAAUCCAUGGAGAUUAUCAACAGUGACAAGAGUGGAAGAAACAAAGCUUAUUAUAAAUAUAAUUCCCAUAUGGCUAACUUCAUUAACAACUGGAAUAUGUGUAGCACAAGGCUCCACACUCUUUGUCAAACAAGCAGCAUCAAUGAACCUAAAGCUAAGUGACAAUUUCACAAUCCCACCAGCUUCUGUUUCCUCUGCAGCAGCUUUUGGUACCAUAAUAUGUGUUCCUAUAUAUGACAAAAUCAUUGUUCCAUUUAUGAGGAAAGUCACUGGUAAUGAAAGAGGCAUAAGUAUCCUUAGGAGAAUUUCCAUUGGCUUAACAUUUUCAAUCAUACUUAUGAUUGUUGCAGCCUUAAUAGAAGCUAAGAGACUAAAAAUGCAAAAGAGUAUGAGUGUGUUUUGGUUAGUACCUCAGUACUUGAUCCUUGGCUUUGGUGAUGCAUUUUCUCUUGUUGGUUUACAAGAAUAUUUCUAUGACCAAGUUCCUGAUUCAAUGAGAAGUUUAGGAAUGGCUUUAUAUCUUAGUGUGAUUGGAGUUGGAAGUUUUUUAAGCAGUUUUUUAAUUACCAUUGUGGAUCAUGUGACAAAAAAGAAUGGUAAAAGUUGGAUUGGGAAGGAUAUUAAUUCAAGUCGUUUGGAUAAGUUUUAUUGGAUGUUGGCAGUUAUCAAUGCUUUGAAUUUAUGUGUCUAUAUUUUCUUAGCAAAAAGGUAUACUUAUAAGAGUGUACAUUUGACAAAUAAUGAAAUUGAUGGUAGUAAGAGUGGUGGGGAAGAGAUGAUGCCAUGAUGAGAGCUACAAUGUCAAUGGUUGUAUCAAAGAUUUGUAUUUUUAUGCUUUAAUCAAAUGGUUUGAUCUAUUGUUAUUCCAUGGAGUUUGAACUUUGAAUUGCCAUGUUUACAUUUGUUGCAUAUUUUGUAUGGCUUACUAGACAAUAAUAUUACAUAGAUGUAGAUGUGAAUA